AGACCUGCAGCGCUGAGCGGCAGAAGCGCUGAUAGACUGAGCGAGCGCAAAAGUGAUAAGACCUUCCCGUACGCGUGUUAACAUCCACGGCAGUACGAACCAGCGCGAGCCAAAACAGUCACGGAAAUAAGACGAGGAAAAAACGGACGCGUGUGCAGCGGUCAAACCAAGGAUUGCCACUGGAUCACUUUACAGCAAGCCUUUGCUCUUGAUGAUAAUCAUAUGCGCAGAAGCCGUCCUCUGGCCCUAUAGACGCGCGUGCACACUGGAGGCUGCGCUUGGAAGUGGACGAAACUUUUUGUUUGUUUUGCCUCUGACGUUUUGGAUUCAGAUUCAUUAAACGUCGGCUUUCCGUUAUACUGUGGAUUUUAAUUUUAAAUUACGCAGAGGACCAAGAUAGUGUGGAUUUCCACUUUUCUUUAUAUUAUAAUUAUUAUUGUUAUUCUUAUUUAUAUCCUUUUUUUUUCUCUGGAGGAGCGGGUGGCGGUCCAGAAGUUAAUUUUAGCGGAUUCGACGCAGGUGCUUCGGAUCUGAAGGGCAGAAUGGAUGUGUUACUUUGACCCACGAUAUCACACUCGGUUCAUUCAUACCCAGCAGCUUCGCUUUCUUAAUUGUUUUGAGAGCCAGAGACUCACCGCAACACUCCACUGGAAUUACAAUCAUGAACUUGGUUGUUUAUUUGAUACAGUUAUUUCUCGCGGCUCUCCUCCAUCUGUCUGCUGUAAAGGCUGCCCACAUACCCAAAGAAGGGGGAAAGAGCAAAAAUGAUGUGAUUCCCUUCAUGGAUGUGUAUAAAAAGAGUGCGUGCAAGACCCGAGAGCUGCUGGUAGACAUCAUCCAGGAGUAUCCCGAUGAGAUCGAGCACACGUACAUCCCGUCCUGUGUGGUUCUCAUGCGCUGUGCAGGAUGCUGUAAUGAUGAGGCGCUCGAAUGCGUCCCGACAGAGACACGAAACGUCACUAUGGAGGUGCUGCGGGUCAAGCAACGCGUAUCGCAGCAUAAUUUUCAGCUGAGUUUCACAGAACACACCAAGUGUGAAUGCAGGCCAAAGGCAGAAGUCAAAGCAAAGAAAGAAAAAAAGCCCAGAGUGAGGAGGGUUAAAAACCCAAACAGAGCGAGAGAGGGAGAUUCAGGCGGUCUCAGCGCCUCGGCUCACCUGCGCUCAAGCACCACUGUGAGCCUUGCUCAGAGAGAAGGAAGCGCUUGUAUGUGCAGGACCCCCUCACCUGUAAAUGCUCCUGCAAAUUCACACAAAUGCAAUGCAAGUCCAGACAACUUGAGUUAAACGAAAGAACUUGCAGAUGUGAAAAGCCAAGAUGAUGAUCGAGCGAACGCCGGGCAGAACUCUGCAUGAAGGAAGGAACUUAAAUAAAAACUUUUUAAACGGCACAGCACUUUCAAAACCUAAGGAAGAACAUUCCUUGGAUGAACUGCAAACACUAUCCUGAACGAAACACUAAGUGCAGGAGAUAUCAUCCCAUUGUAUAUUUUUAAGAUAUUAAUAUAAAGAAUAUUAUAUAUAUAAAUAUAUAUAUUAAAUGACAAUGUGUGUCGCUGCUAUCACCUACAAAUAAGUCAACGAAGACGCUGCUUUCGCGUGUGAAUGGGAUAUAUUGCAGUGUCACUACGUCUGAGGCCUGUGAUUGGACGAAACACAGCGAGGGAUGCAUAAUUAAAGACUCAGCCUUCACUGAGAGCCGACAACCUCCGGACCUUUCUUUACGAACAGUAGCAGACUGUCAAUCAAAGGACAGGAAGUGACACAUUAAAGAUUCUUUUCCGGAAUCUUCGGAACAGUGGGUCCAGGAGCGGAACACGAAUGCGGAACUAUCUUUUUCUGUGAUGUCACUUGCUAGGGUGAAUUCGUAGUCGAAAAGACACCUGUACUGACUAACAUCCAAUAGGACUUGGUGUGAUAAUACUAAAGGGAUAUUACGUGUAUGUAUAUAUGACAAAACACACACACAAAUCAGUGACUUUUGACAUUCCACAUUAAAAAUACUAUAGUAAGUAGUGUUUUUGAACCAUACUGUGGUAAAGUGUAUUAUACUGACGUUUUUUUUUUGCUGCUUGUUCAAACUACUUAUUUAAAAUUGAGUUGAACCAACACAAUUCUUAAGUUAUUUUGGGCACAACUUAAUUGUUUUAUCUUUGAUCCACUUAAAUUUGUAAGUUAAGUUGACUUAAUCGAUUUGUGUUGGGACAACAUGAAGAAAUUGUGUGGAACCCAGCCUUUUUCACAGUGUAUAUUAUAAUAUCAAGUACUUUACUAUAGUGUAUUCCAAAAGCGACACUAUAGAAUUGACUAUAGUAUUUUGUAAUGUGUGAAGGAACGAAGUCGUUCUGUUAGUACGCGGUAUUCAUAAAUAUAUUUUUUUUUCCAAAGAAAGAGAAUAUUGCACACAACUUUAGGAACUGUUUAUUACCACACGAUAUCUGUAUAUACAUUUCUAAUAUCCCUUUGUGUAGUUCGCUGCACCUAAUUUAAAUUGUUAGAGCAGUAUUCUGUCUAUUUAAUUUGAUCUAUUUAUAUCGUGUUAUUGUUUCAUGAAUCUGAAAAACUGUGGACGGCUUUUUCUAGACAGACAAACGAGAGACAAAAACAUUCCUGAAAAGCGCCUUUUUUAGUUUGUUUAUAUCGGCGAUCAGCUCGGUGGAGAAGUGUUGGGAUGACAAACAAACAUUCUCUUUGUGUGCCACGUUUUCAGAGUAAUAUAUUUAAUGGUGCUGUUAACAUCUUUUUUUGUGUGUGUUUUUAGUUUAUUAUUAUUCCGCAUAUUUAUUUUUAAAUAAUAUUGUUUUGUAUUAAAGCAGAAAUGGAUUUCAGUU